UCGUAAAUAAAGGCAUAGUUGCAAUAUAUUUCCCGAAAAAUACGCUUUUAAACAACUGUUAUGCUUUGACGUUUCUUUUCGAAUUACUAUUCGGGGCCACGCAGUUCGGCCAUUAGUUGUCUGAUUUUACAAAUUCAAACUAAAUUAGUAGAAAAAUGGCCAACAGAAAAGAUCAUGAGGAGACGGACAAGCAGACCCGUAUCGCUAUUGUCAGUGAUGACAAAUGUAAGCCAAAGCGUUGCCGCCAGGAGUGCAAAAAGUCCUGUCCUGUGGUGCGUAUGGGAAAGCUGUGUAUCGAAGUGGCACCCGCUUCAAAAAUCGCUUCUUUAUCCGAAGAACUGUGUAUAGGUUGCGGUAUAUGUGUCAAGAAAUGCCCUUUCGAAGCCAUUACUAUUAUCAAUAUUCCCAGCAAUCUGGAGAAGCAUACAACUCAUCGUUACGGUAAAAACUCGUUUAAAUUGCAUCGUUUACCAAUUCCACGCCCUGGAGAAGUAUUGGGUCUUGUAGGCCAAAACGGUAUUGGCAAGUCAACUGCAUUGAAAAUAUUAGCUGGAAAGCAAAAGCCCAACUUGGGACGCUACAUUGAUCCUCCAGAUUGGACUGAAAUUUUGGCUUACUUCCGUGGCUCUGAACUGCAAAACUAUUUCACCAAAAUUCUCGAGGACAAUUUGAAAGCAUUGGUGAAACCACAAUAUGUUGAUCAGAUUCCUAAAGCCGUUCGUGGAACGGUCAACGAAUUGCUCAACAAGAAGGACGAGCGCAAAAAUCAAACGGAGAUCUGUGAAAUGUUGGACUUAUCGCAUAUACGCGAGCGCAACAUUGCCGAUCUUUCAGGUGGAGAAUUGCAACGUUUUGCAAUUGCCAUGGUGUGCAUUCAGGACGGUGAUAUUUUCAUGUUUGACGAACCCUCCUCCUAUUUGGAUGUGAAGCAACGUCUUAAUGCGGCUUUGACGAUACGACAUCUUUUACAUCCAACGAAGUUCAUUAUUGUUGUCGAGCAUGAUUUGUCCGUGUUGGACUAUUUAUCUGAUUUUAUUUGCUGUCUUUACGGUGUUCCUGGCUGUUAUGGUGUAGUUACUAUGCCUUUCUCAGUACGCGAAGGCAUUAAUAUUUUCCUUGAUGGUUUUGUUCCAACUGAAAACAUGCGAUUCCGUACAGAAUCGCUUACGUUCAAGGUUUCCGAGUCGGCAACUGAAGAAGAAGUUAAGAGAAUGAAUCAUUAUGUCUAUCCAGCAAUGAAGAAGACCCUAGGCAACUUCUCUCUUACCGUUCAAGAAGGUCACUUCAGCGAUUCUGAAAUUUUGGUACUUCUCGGAGAGAAUGGUACUGGCAAGACAACAUUCAUUCGUAUGUUGGCUGGCAACUUGCAGCCUGAUACAAAUGUAGAUCUCCCAGUGCUUAAUAUAUCUUACAAACCACAAAAAAUUUCACCCAAGUUCCAAAACCAUGUGCGCCAUUUACUUCAUGAAAAGAUUCGCGACGCUUAUGUUCAUCCCCAAUUUGUCGCUGAUGUUAUGAAACCUAUGAAAAUCGAAGAAAUAAUGGACCAGGAAGUACAAAACUUAUCCGGUGGUGAAUUGCAAAGGGUAGCUUUGGUUUUGUGUCUGGGCAAACCGGCGGACGUUUAUUUGAUCGAUGAGCCAUCUGCUUACUUGGACUCAGAGCAACGUUUAGUUGCCGCUAAAGUUAUUAAACGCUACAUUUUGCAUGCUAAACGUACUGGCUUCGUUGUGGAGCACGAUUUUAUAAUGGCAACAUAUUUGGCGGAUCGUGUAAUUGUGUUGGAGGGUCAACCUUCUGUAAAGACUACGGCUUAUUCGCCUCAAUCGUUGUUAAAUGGAAUGAACCGAUUCUUAGAACUAUUGGGAAUUACUUUCCGCCGAGAUCCUAACAACUUUAGACCACGCAUUAAUAAAAACAACUCUGUGAAGGAUACUGAACAAAAACGUUCCGGUCAGUUCUUCUUUUUGGAAGAUGAUUGCAACUAAUGAUGAAUAUAGCAUUUUGGUCACAUUCACUGAAGCAUAUAAUCCGGACAAAAAAAAUGCGAAAAUUAAACGUUAUGUACACCUGCUGGAUUCCUUUGUGCUCCCAACUAUAAAAGAACAGCGAUUUUUGUUACAUUGAUUUUUAUAAUGGUCCUCUUGAUUUUUUGUAUUUUCGAAAGCAAGCAAAAAAUAUAGCAAAACGUAAAAUACUAA